ACGAAUUCAAUGGCGCGAUUGCCAAACUACAGCUUCUUAUGAUUAUAACCGGUGAUAUCUUCGUCUUUUCUCGUUGUUUAUAUAAUUCUAUCGCUCAUUUGCUAAGUACUGUUGUUACUGUAUUAUUUUAUUUAUUUUGUGAUUUUCAUAAAGAGUCUCAUUGACUGAAGCUGAAAAAUACGUACAUAUCAUUUAAUAUUAGUUUAGUGACAAUAACCUAAAUGGAUUCAAAAAGUAAUGACGAAGAUUUUAAUGCGUGUAUAAAGGAAAAAGCGCCAUGGUACAAAUACAUAACGGUGGAACCUCCAAUGUUUCUAUAUAUGAUGGCCUAUAUGAUCACAUCAGUAAUAGAACAAACUUUCUAUGUAUAUCAAGCCUGUACUGUAAACCAUGGAUAUAGCAGUGAAAUCUGUUACAAUAUAAGCAAUAACGAAGAGGUAAAUCGAGAAGUUCAGGUAACAGUUUCAACAUUUCACCAAUGGAAUGGUAUAGCCAGUCAUGUGGUACCUCUAAUACUCGCAUUUUUUUUGGGCUCAUACAGCGAUAAACGUGGUCGAAAGUUUAUUUUGCUAGCGGGAUUAGUUGGUAAACUAUAUUUUUCAGCUACUAUAACGCUAAAUGCAUUAAAAGCAUGGCCGGUGGAAUACGUUAUUUACACAGCAGCAUUCCCGAGUGCACUUACAGGUGCUGAUUUAGCAAUAUUUGCUGGAUGUUUUUCAUACCUCGCUGAUGUCACUUCGGUGAAAAAUAGAACACUUAGAGUGGGCAUAUUGGACGUCGUUUACCUAAGCACUAUGCCUACAGGUGUUGCUAUUGGAAAUCUUCUGUACAAGUAUGUGGUCAAUCGAUCAUUUACUGUUAUGUUUGCUAUCAACACUAGUCUCAUGGUUUGCGCGACAUUGUAUUGUUUAUUUUUCUUGGAAUGGCAGACGAGGCCCGAGCAAAAAUCUCUUAGAGAAGCUAAUGUAAAAAAUAUUGUAAAAGAUUUCUUUGAUUUUAACAACAUCAAACAAACGUUAAUAACUUUAACCAAGAAAAGGCAUAAUAACAGAAGGCUAUAUUUGUGGUUUCUUUUACUUUCUAUGGCCUUCUAUACAUUUCAAAGAGAUGAGCGUCCUGUGAUGUAUUUGUACGCAUCCAAAGUAUUCAAAUGGGAUGCAACAAACUUCAGUAACUUUCGCACCUACCUCAGCGCCGCAUAUGUGUUAGCUAUGCUGUUUGGUAUACCGAUUAUGACUAAACUGUUCAAGUGGAGAGACACUGUAAUAAUAAUGCUUGGAGCAACAGCUCAUAUAUGUGGACACUUGGCAUACGCUCAUGCUACUUCAGGCAAAUUGAUGUAUGUGGGAGCUACUAUAGCUGCAUUGGGACCCUGCGUAGCGCCUCUUAUACGUUCUAUGACUUCUAAAGUGUUGCCCGCAGCGGAACGAGGGGUAGCAUAUGCAUUUUUGUCGGUUAUGGAAAAUGCAGUAGCACUGUUUGCAUCAGUAAUUUAUUCUCAGUUGUAUAAAGCUACACUCAACACAAAAUAUAUCAACUCCAUAUUUUACCUCACAAUGAGCACACAAGUCAUUGUGUUUAUAUUGACAGUUAUUAUAGAUAUAAUGUUGAAAGGAAAAAAAAUAGAAGUCUUAGCAGAUCAAGAAGAAAGACAGAUAGCGGAAAGAGAAACUCCUGAUCUUACGUAACUCGAAAUAUAAAAAUUAAAUCUGUUCGUUGAUAAGGAUAUAGCAAAAGUAAACGAGUAGAAAAUCUCUUUUGUAGUCGUGCAACAAUUGAUAAAUGUAUCCCUACAGCACGUCUCUCCACGCGAUGCUCUCAGUUUGUCUAAUACAUUCAAUAAAUGCAGGGGAUUAAAUUCUAAAUCUCAUAUUUUCAAUAUAAUUUCAUUACAUCACUAAUAGGUCUACAUUUCUAAAAUAUAGACACGAUAUGUGAUGUAGUAUUGUUUUUUAUGGAAAUGGCGAAUAUUAUAAAUAAUUAUAUCUAGGUAGGCUAGGUCGCUUUGAAACUGCAUUUAACUAAUUACUUAUGUAAUGUAAAACGAAAGCUUUUAAUUUAGGAAGCGAAGAAGAGUUUGUUAGUUGUGAGUUAGUCGUCUUAUUACUAGCAAUAUACCCUGUCAGGUCGACCUCCACGCGGCGAUUCGCAUAGUUUCGCGGGGAGAAGUGUGCUCUAAGUAUUAGUAUUGUAGGCUUAUGUACGGUCACAAAAGACAUUAGUUUCUACUUGCUUUCUUUUUCUAUAGUAUUGUUACUGUAUUUUAAUAAUUAGAAUGUAAAUAAAUUAAAGUAGCGGGUUGCCCAUGGUCCUAAAAUUUAUUCCUCAAAAUUGGAAACACAUUAAGAAAAGAACCUGGCGUUCUCUAUCUAGGUUAAAACGCUUUUUUAACGACGGGUAAGAUAGAUGUAAAUUCUUUGAGAGUAAUUAUUUUUUUCUCAAACAUGCUUGGAAAUGUGAGCAUUAUUUUGACAAUCUUCUUCGAGAUAAAUCAAAAUUGCCGUACUGGCCAGAUACAUGCGGGCAGCGGCCGGCAAAAGUUGUAUGAAAAUCCAUAUCUGUCGUAUUUUGCGGCCAGAUAAAUUACUAUGUAAACUCAUAUCUGUCCUGUAAUUUAAAAAUGGAAUGACCUUUUACUUCGAAACAUGGUUACCAAGGAGGUAACUAAUAAAAGGUUUUAUUUAAAUUUCGAACUGGCUUACAAAUAGAAAGCUGUU